AAGUUUUGUCUGAUAAGACUGGACUUUCUCUUCAACAACGUCCGACUAUUCACUACUGCUCUCUUAAACCUCUGUUGUAGAUCAAAUUAACAUUACGAGCGAAUAUCUGUCAACAUGGCCCAAGACCUGCAAUGGACGAAGAAGACGUUCACUUUGAACACCGGAGCUAAGAUACCAGCUGUCGGUCUCGGUACCUGGCAGUCGAAGCCGAAUGAGGUCCGCGAGGCUGUCAAGGCAGCCCUGCUUGCCGGCUACAGACACAUCGACACGGCCCUUGCAUACGGCAACGAGAACGAGGUCGGUCAAGGCAUCAAGGACUCUGGUGUUCCAAGAAGCGAGAUCUGGGUGACGACCAAGUUGGACAACCCAUGGCACAAGCGUGUGGAAGAGGGUAUCACCUCGUCUCUGAAGUCGCUGGACAUGGACUACGUGGACCUGUACCUCAUUCAUUGGCCAUCAUCUACCGAUCCGGAUGACCUGAAGAAGCACUACCCUGACUGGGAUUUCAUCAAGACAUGGCAAGAGAUGCAGAAGCUGCCCGCUUCUGGCCGUGUAAAGAACAUUGGCGUCUCGAACUUCGGCAUCCGCAACAUGGAGAAGCUGCUCAAUGACCCAAGCUGCAAGACUACCCCGGCCGUCAACCAGAUCGAGCUGCACCCCAACUGCCCAUCCCCGAAGCUCGUCGACUACUGCAAGGAGAAGGGCAUCCACUGCACCGCCUACUCCUGCCUCGGCUCCACCAACAGCCCGCUCGCGAAGGACGCCACGCUCAUGAAAAUGGCCGAGAACAAGGGCAAGACUCCCGCCCAAGUGCUUCUGAUGUGGGGUCUUCAGCGCGGCACCAGCGUCAUUCCCAAAUCUGUGACUGCUUCGCGUAUCGAGGCAAACUUCCAGCUCGACGGGUGGAGCCUCACGGAUGAGGAGAUGAAGCAGCUCUCCAGCUUGCCGGAUCGCUUCAAGGUGUGCGGUGAUGCAUGGCUUCCGGUGAAGGUCUUCUUUGGCGAUGACGAGUAAUAUUGCGUCGGUCAAGCUGAAUGCACUAUUCGAUCGAGUAGAGGGCGUGAAACGUCGGAACGGCGGUCUUGGUUGCAUACAUUCGGCGCGUUGCACUGUAG